UCCCAGUGAGACAUCGUUAAGUGAGGGCGAAUCGAUAAGACUUUCUGUCCAUUGAGCAGGCACCAGCCUCAUAUCCAAUUGGUUAAAUCUUUUAAUGGAACUUUAAGUGUUUUAACGAGUCUUGAAACUUGUGAAAAAGCACUCCAAAGUGUAGUGCAACUGUUCCUCGAGGUUCCCCCAAAUCGAGGACAUGCGAUUGCACGUAACGCUACUGGCGGUGGCGGUCUCGUGCCUUCUGGCGCAGACGACCUGGGCUGCCGCGGACAAUUUCGAGGACAAUGACUUUGCCGAGUUUGAAGACUUUGACGACGAUGAGUUUGUCGUGGGAAAUGCAGCUGGCGGGGCAGCUAAUCAGCAUCAGCAGCAGCAACAGCAGCAAGAAGGGGCGCCAGCGGUGAACACGCCGGAGGAUGACGGGAAUGAUUUCGCGGAGAUUGAUGGAAAUGACGAGGAUGAAGCUGUGGUUGAGGAUGAAGAGAACGAAUUUGAGCACUUCCAGGACGAGGAAGAGUUUGAAGGAUUCGCCGGUACAGCGGCCGAACAGGAUGAGAUCAAACUGAGCGACGCUAAGAAGACGGAACCGAAGCUUACGAUGGCCAAAGUGCCGAUGCACUUCCGAACCCACUGGGAUUCGUACUGGAUGGAGAUGCUGAUGUUGGCCGGACUGCUGGCGUACUUUGCCAACUACUUGUUCGGAAACAAGAAGAACUCUUCGUUGGCCAGUCUGUGGCUGUCGACCCACAAGAGCCUGCUGGAGGAUAACUUUGUUCUGGUCGGAGACGACGGAAAGAAGGAAACCGAGGGAUCGACCCUGAGCUUCAUCAAGGAGAGCGAAAGUGUCUACACGCUGUGGUGCAGCGGGCGAACCUGCUGCGAGGGAAUGCUGGUCGAACUGAAGAUGAUCAAGCGCCAGGAUCUGGUGUCGCUGAUUGCCGGAAUCAUGAAACCGGUCCAGGACCAGUUGCAUAUCAAGGUGGAAAUGUCUCAGGAUGCUAUGGACAAUUUUGUCUUCUGCGUGGCCACCAGAAAGCAGGCUGCCAAGAUGUUCAAAGAAAUGAACGAUCUGAACAAGUUUUGCACACUAGUCAACAAAGCCGAUGAAAAGUACAACUGUCCCGGUUAUUCCUUGUUAUCGGAGAUUGCGGAAGCAUCUUCCAGUCUGUUAGAUAGUAGAUUAGUAGCAGCUUUAAAUAAGUUUUCACACCUGAUCGAGUACAUCCACGUUUCGGACCAGUACAGUGGCCCCAUCCAGCAGGAGGACCCGAACACACUAAAGCAGCCGGAAGUUAAGCGCAUUUUACACUGUGGAUUCAACAUGCCAGCCAAGUUGGACAUGGAAGAGAUGAAGCCACUCUUAGUUCUCGUAUUAUAUCUGAUGGAACGCGUUAGGCGAUUCCGUUUAUCCAAAGAAGGUAAAGCAAAGUCUGACAAAAACCGUGCCCGCGUCGAGGAGGAAUUUAUGAAGAAUACUCAUGCGGCCCGUGCCGAGGCUGCCGCACAACGUCGCGAGGAGAAGCGCAAGGCGGAAAAGGAGAAGGUCCUGGCCAACGAAGAUCCGGAAAAGCAGCGCCGCUGGGAGGAGAAGGAACGCAAGCGGCUGGAGAAGAAGCGCCCCAAGAUGAAGCAGCUGUCCAUCAAGGCGCUGUAAAAGCUUCUCCUUCAUCAAAUUAAUGGUCACUUGUGGAACGUUACAGUUUCACGGGGACAAACAAGCGUAAUUUUACCAGCAGAAUUAACACUCAAUUCAUUUGAAGCAGACGCGCAUCAUCCACCAUCGAACAAUCAAUCCUGUCUCCCUAAUCAUUACGACGUGCUAAAAAUUACGGUGUAGAGUUUUCGGGAUAUGUUUGUUCCUUUUAGAGAGCAAUCGUAGGAAAUAAAUCGAUUAGACUCAAA